AUGCCUACUAAUAAAAAUGUUUCUUUGCUCAAAAACAUCAAGCCCUUCAAGCAAGGAUGGCGCAUUGAAGUGAAGUUGGUUCAUUCUUGGAGACAGAGAACCAACUAUGGAGGAGACACUCUCGAGUUGAUCUUCGCUGAUGAGACUGGUGAUAAAAUCCAAUGUACGUGCAAAAGGAAUUACAUUCAGCGUACGCAAAGGGACCUGCGUCUUGGUGAAUGGCGACUGAUAGAGACAUUUUCGGUGUCUAAUGCAACAGGACAGUACCGUCCAACGAACCAUACAUACAAGAUGUCCAUCAUUGAGGAUACUUCAAUAUCACAAAGUUCCUUUGUGUGUGAUGAUAACUUCCUCAGUUUUCCCAGUUUUGAAGAGAUUGGAAAUGGAACUCUCAAAACCCAUUUCCUAAUUGAUGUAAUUGGUCAAGUGACCAGUCUUCGUGACAUCCAAACUGUCCAGGUCUUCGGCAAAGAUAAGAAAAAAGUUGAGUUCCGCUUAAUGGACAUCAAUGGUGAAAGCAUUGCAUGUUGUUUGUGGGGUAAAUAUGCUGAACAACUUGAAGAUCAUCUCCAACAAACAAAUGAUGCUAAUAUGGUGUGUUUGCUACGGUUUGCAAAAAUUGGUUUUUACAAAGGGGAAGUCCAGGUGACCAAUGCAUUUGAUGCAUCAGUAAUCCUUUUCAAUCCUGAACUACCCGAAGCUCUUGGUUUAAAAAACGUGCCAAAUGAUGAGAUGGCUCUUUCCCUUACUGAUCCAAAGAAAGAGAAGCGUGUGACCAGAUACCAAGUUGGUGAUUGGAAUGAUGUGGAUAUUAAAUCUAUCUCUGAGAUCCUCAUGGCAACAGUGGAGGAGGAUUGCAAAAUCAUCUGCUCAAUCGAAUCUAUAGAUACAGAUUGGAACUGGUAUUACCAAGGCCAUGACAGUUGUAAGAAACGUGCGCUACUAAUCAAAUCAAAAAAUGGAAAUUUGGUUGAAAAUGAGAAACCAGUAUUCUGGUGCACAAGUUGUCGUACUAAUGUCACCAGUAUUCAAAUUGCAUUGGUUGUCAAAGAUGACACAAGUACUUGCAAACUGAUGAUGCUUGAUACAAUUGGUAAAGUCAUUGUCGGAUGUGAAGCAGUGAAGCUUUGGGAUGGUUCCUAUGAUGAGAUUGAAGACCCUGAGGACUUACCACAGCCUAUUAGGGAUUUGGUUGGGAAAUCUUUUUGUUUUGGUCUGACUCUUGGCUCUGAAAAUGUUUCUGCUGAAUCAGAAAUGUUUUUGGUUUCACAAGUUUUGUCUGUGGACAAGAUUCUCCAAAUCAAAAAAAAUUCUGAGCCAAUAACUCAUGUUACAGAUGGUUCAUCAAUCAUGUCUGGUGGAGAGGUUUCUCCACCGGAAAAGAACAGUCUGAGUUUAGAAGAAGGUUCCUCAACCCCCUUCUCAAAGCGCAAAGAAAAAGAUCAACUAGAUCAGACUUCAACUUCCAAAAAAAUGUGUACCAAGCUUAUCAAGAUGGAGAAGAUUAAAGAUGAUUAG